UUUUCGCAUCCCUCUCACAAUUUUUCGAUUUAUAUAAUUUUGUGUUCGAGUGUCUAUCGAAAAUAUUGAUUCAUAUCGUAUCUAUUUGGAUAAAUGUGUUGGUGCAAUUUUUUUAUAUCACUAUUUUUGUGGACAAUAGGACAGUUGGAUACAAUUAGUGCAUGAAUUUGGCGUUCUUUUUUUACCUUUUUUUAAAAAGAAAUAUUAAAUAACGAGGAUGAAAAAUCAUUGCGUCUGGUAUUUCCUGGCUCUCAUCUCGAUUUUCCUGUCACUCCGGACUAUCGGAAACGUCGAUGGGGUUCAAAUAUGGAGCAUGCAGGUAGGACGUGCUCCGCUUUGGGAAAGAUUCAUCUGGAGGACGAUGGACUUUGCUUAUCCGGAUCAGCGCAGCCGACAAUCAGCGAUAGCGAGCGGCGAAUACGUGCCAGAGAAUUCUCUGCCUGUCGGCAUCGAGAUCUGGAAGAACAAGCUCUUCAUCACGGUGCCAAGAUGGCGUAAUGGAAUACCAGCUACGUUGAAUUACAUACCGUUGGACGUUAAUCAAGGUGUAUCGCCGAAGCUUAUACCUUAUCCGAAUUGGUCUCAAAAUAGGGCUGGUGCCUGCGGUAGCGGACUGACGACCGUUUACAGGAUUCAUGCAGAUGCAUGUGAUAGACUGUGGGUGUUGGAUACCGGAACAAUAGGAAUCGGUGACACGACUGUGCAAGCUUGUCCUUAUACCCUGAAUAUAUUUGAUUUGAGGACGGAUAAAAUUAUAAGGCAAUACAGACUCAGAUCGGACGAUAUUAAUCAGAAUACUUUUAUCGCCAAUAUUGCGGUUGAUCUGGGAAAAGAUUGCGACGAUGCCUUCGCUUACAUGUCUGACGAACUCGGCUACGGUCUGAUCGUGUAUUCAUGGCAGCAGAAUACAUCUUGGCGAAUAACGCACAGCUACUUUAUGCCGGAUCCUCUGGCAGGCGAUUAUAAUAUCGGAGGCUUGAACUUCCAAUGGGGAGAAGAAGGCAUUUUUGGGAUGAGUCUGUCACCGAUACAAGCAGAUGGCUACCGGACUCUCUUCUUUCAUUCUCUCAGCAGCUAUCGGGAAUUCGCAGUUUCCACGAGGAUCUUGAGGAAUCAACAAUUAUCUCAGAAUAGUUAUCAUGAGUUUCAGGUAUUGCCGUCAAGAGGGCCGCUGUCCCAUUGCACGGCGUCUGUAAUGGACGAGAACGGACUUCAGUUCUUUAACUUGAUCGAUCAGAAUGCAGUCGGCUGUUGGAAUUCCAUGCUACCUUACGCGCCAAUUAAUCAGGCAGUUAUCGCCAGACACGACGAGGCUAUGGUAUUUCCAGCAGAUAUUAAGGUGAAACGAGACUUGCUCUGGAUCAUAUCGGAUCGGAUGCCGAUUUUUUUGCUGUCGACUCUAAAUUACACAGAUAUAAACUUUAGAAUAUUCACCACACCGAUUCAAGCAGCGAUAGCGGGAACGGUCUGUGACAAACCAUUCAAAUCUAUUAGCAAUCAAAUCUGGUAAAAUCGAUGAUUUGCAUAUUAGUCUCCGCAUUCGAGAAUAUGAUCAUCAAUAAAUUGUAAAAAAUGGCAACAAAAAAUAUUUGUGUUAAAAU